GAAACAUUAUUGCGACCAAAUUGUUUCGUGAUGCAGUGAAGACGACGUCACCAUUGAUCGACCACACACACACACCAUGAUAACACAGCGAUAGCAGUACCACACCAAUCCUCUACUUCUCUUACCUGCGCGAGGCCUUCACAACUUCAACCAUGACGACCAAAACCACUCGCCUCCGACCAUUCCUCCACCGACUCACCUCCACUCCCCAACCACAACCACACAACCAAACCCGCACAUUCUUCCCCAACCCAUUCGCAGCCCUCUCCUCCUCCACCACACCACCGACCCCACAGAUCCUCACAGCGACCCGCACCCUCCCCUACGCCCCCGGACCCAUCUACGCCAUCAUCUCCGACGUCGCAUCCUACUCCUCCUUCCUGCCCUACUGCCAGUCCUCGACCGUGACAAAGUGGUCCGCCCCCGACGCCACGUACAACCGCCGCUGGCCGUCUGAGGGGAAGCUCGUAGUGGGGUAUGGCAACCUGACGGAGAGUUUCACGUCGCGCGUGUACUGUAUCCCCGGCAAGAUCGUCGAGAGCGUGGGCGGCGGGACGGAGACGUCGUUGGAUGAGCGGGACAUUGGACAUCAUCUUCAAGAGAGAGUGGAGGGGGGGAGAUCGGAUGCGAAUGGAUUGCUGACGCACCUGAGGAGUCGGUGGAGUGUUGUUGGGGAGGACGCUGCGAGGUUGUCACCACCACCGCUGGGGGGAGAGAAUGGGAAUGCGGGGAGGACGAGGGUGACGUUGGAGUUGGAGUUUGCGUUUGCGAAUCCGAUGUAUGCGGCGCUGAGCGGGGGCGUGGCGUCGACGGUCGCGGAGAUCAUGGUUAAGGCUUUCGAGGGGAGGGUGGAGGAGGUUAUGAGGAGGGAUCCGGGGCUUGCGAGGGCGAGGUUGGGGGAUAUUGUUGGGGAGAAGGGGGGGAUGAGGUGA